CGGGUGGUGGGUGUGGACUCUCAAAAGCCAGUAGCUGGAAACUAAGCAGCUAUGGUUAUAUUAUGUUUCACAAGUCCUUAAAAUAAACAACUUUAUUCAGCAACAGAUACUGUAUUUAUUAGCCAACGGAAAACGUUAUAAACAAUCAGGACACUUGACAGAUUGCUUCAGAAGGUAGGCGAUCGCUGUUUGUCUUUUCAUUAAGACUGUUACGAUAUUCGAGAAUAAGUAUGGAUUCAUUGUUGACAUCAUUUGCACUAUUAAUUGGCCUGAUCAGUUUAGUAACUUGCCUGCCAGAAAGCUUGUCUACGACUACAACACCUGAGCAAAACGUUCCUCAAACUUGUAAUAUGUGCUGUCAUGGGCCACCUGGACAACCUGGGAUCCCCGGAGUUCCUGGAACACCUGGAGGAUAUGGUCCAGCUGGACCAUCUGGUAGUAAGGGUGACAGGGGUGAUUUUAUUAAAGGUGAAAGAGGAGAUAGAGGUGAAAAGGGAGAGCCCGGAGUUAAAGGUCUAAAAGGUGAUAAAGGAAGUGAAGGAUCUCCUGGUAAACAAGGUCCACAUGGACAAAGAGGACCACAAGGACCUAAAGGAAACACCGGAUCAAAUGGAGAAAAAGGUGAACCAGGAUUGCAGGCGCCACAAGUCCGUAAAUCUGCGUUUACUGCAGUACGCACCACUCACGUCCCAACUUCAGAAUCGACCAUUCUAUUUACAUCAAUGGAGAUUAAUGUCGGAGAAGACUUCGAUAAAAAUACCGGAAAGUUUACAUGUAGAAUUUCCGGUUUCUAUUACUUCAUGUUCAGUUUUCUUUCGUACGGUGGUUCUCCUGUGUAUAUUAAAAUGAAGUUAAAUGGGCGAAUAAUCACAUCUGUGCACCGUAGUGACCCUGCUGGAAAUGAUCAGUUGAGUUCUGGAGGAACAGUUCAACUGAAUGUCGGAGACGAAGUCUGGUUGAUGAACGCAGGUGGGAGCUACAAAGUUUAUGGCAAUUCCGAAUUUCCUUUGACUUUUACUGGGUUUAUGAUAUACGAUAUGAACUAAUAAUUGAUGUCUAACUGUAUUGAUAUUUUUUAUGAUUGUAGAUGUCUUUUGUGCAACAGAUGUUCUUCGGAGAAUGUCUUAUUAAAUACCUCAAAAAUAAUAUUCUUACAGAUGAAUAAAUUGUUUUAAAUCGAAUUGAGCAAACAAAUGUAUCAAGACAAUGGUUAGAAAGAGAUGAGUUAUUUGUUUUUGUAGUUACAAAUAGAAUGAACAUAAUAAUCGAGUAGGUUUACGUAAUGAAAAAAUGGUAAUAUAAUAUCACAAUAUCACAAUAUAAUUAUACAAUAUUUCGGAAUACCGGGUUUGUUUGAUACCGUACUUCUUGAUUAGUAAUUAUAAACUUCAAUACCUUAUACAUUAAUUCAACAUAAGCCGAGGCAGAUCCAAAUUUGUUUAAACGAGGGGCACCAAGUUUAAAGGCCUAGGUAUAAGGUGGAUAAAUAAGUAUCCGAACAUAGUAUGAUUCGUGUUAAGUAUGCUGUCACAAAAUUUUAACGUAUAUUACUUGUAUGCCAUUUUGGUUCUUUCAUUUUUCUGUUUGAAAAUAAGAAGGCAGGGGUAAAACUGGGGACACGACGUGCCCUCCCUUAAUCUGUUUCCCCUUUCGCCACCCUAAUAUCCGUGGUCAAUUUGAACUGGUGAUUUAUGUAAUGAAAAGAACGUAUUUAUUUGAAGAUUUAAUGUUCUCACUUUUAUGUUUGUAUAGCCAAAUAUUCUAACAAUGUCUAUGAAUACAUCAAUAAACUUGUAGGCAGUAACAGUGAUGUGAGAACAUUCGCUUUAUUUUAAAAUAAUAAUAAUAUUUAUUAUUACUUUUAGAGGAAUAUAAAAUCUAAUCGGCAACUUAACAAGAUAUAAAACAAUAUGGAAAGACUUUGUCACCAACCUCAAAUUCAUGUAUCACAUCCCUUAAGCCCUAAGCUAAAUGUAUCUCAAUGUUAAGUAUUGAAAUAAGCGAUACUCACUUAUCUAUUCUAAAAUUUUGUGCCCCCACCUACAGUUUUUGUCAAUGUCAAAGUUCAUCAUAUCACAACAGCAAUCAGCAUAUUCCAAUAUUUUUCAGAAAUACUACCGUUUCUUAAAUGUCGGUGGAUAAAUUCUUUAAAUUUUUUCUCUGUGACUAGAUGAGAUCUUUUCCACCAACAACGACACAAAUUUACCACCUUACUACAAUCAAUUUGUAGUCUUCUAUUUAGAAGCGCGCCCCUAAAUCAUCAUGCAUUUCCUCAGUUUCUUCACUCCAGGCUCCAUAUUUUCCUAUAAAAGUUGAAAAUAACAAGUUAAUAAAAUAAAUAGUAUAGACUAAUUCGGUUUCGUGACCUUUUUAUACUCGCUGCCGCCGUUGGCGGCGCCAUAACUGGGGGCGAGGGGGGGGGCUUCUCCAUUGCAGCCGAAGAAGGUGGUUGAAUGAGCGAGUAAUAGCCCCGCAGCGGCCCGUAUCAGCCGCACACCUUUCGUGCGAAAGACGUCUUCGCUUUGCUGGGUUCUAUUGUUGUGCACUCGUGUGUUUUGUAGCUGCAGUGAAAAUUUCUGUGGUUCUUUUGUUGGAAAAACAGCUUUUAUUUGUACUGAUCUCCACAGUGACAAAUAAUGAAGCAGCAUGGGUAAAUUUCCCGCAAGUAAAAAUCGAAAAUUGGUACUGGGUGGUGUGACCACUGAGAAAAAUCAAAAUUCCCGAGUUGAGUCUUAAAAAUCCCAAGAUUUCUAUUAAAAUCCCAAGAUUCGCAAAAUAGGGCCUAUUAGUAUAUACAUACAACUUAAAUAAAGUCCAAUUAAAAGCUUUUCCAAUGAAUGUUAUAGUUUACUAAUCUGUAAGUUGCACUGUAUAACGGAACAGUUUCUGGAUUUUCGCAGACCAAUAACUCGCUCGUUUUCCUUCAACUGUAGAAUUUUCGUAAGUUUAGGGGGUGGGGUUGGCGUUGUGGGGAAUGUCUUAUAUGCAUUAAAAUCAUUUACAUAAAAAUAAAAGGGUAAUUGUCUUUAUCUUAUUUGUAUCACACAAAAAAAAGGCGUUUAUUUUAAAUUUUAUUCGGGAGGUGCAAGCUAGUAGGCCUAAGAGACUAUUUUUGAUAGAUUUUAUUGAACUUAAAUUGUCAAAUUCAAACACAAUGAAAAGCAUUUGCAAGAUAUGGGACGGUGCGAAAUUUCAUUGAAUGUACAAUAGGUGCAAUAUCUAUAGUGCUCAACUUUAUAUAGACCUAUCCCAAACUGAAGCAAACAGCAUAUCCGCCAAUGGGACAUAUCAAGAUAUUUAACUUUAAAAAUGCACCUUAUUAUUUUUGGAAAAUGAUGCAAAUGGCUUUAAUACAAUAGCCUUAUCAGAAGAAUUGAAAAACUACUGUCUAAGCUUUCGAUGGAUCUUUUAUUUUGAACAAAUAAACAGUCCUCCUCAUUUACAAUUGUAAACUAUGGUGUUAAAAGGAAAUUCGCAGCCUAUUUGUUCACUUAUUGAUAGAAAAAAAAAUUUAAAAUCCCUAUCAUUCUAAAAAUCCCAAGAUUUAAUGAAAAGUUAACAACAAAAUUCCCAAGGUGUCAUAAAAAAGAACCAGUAAAAUUUUGCCCAGGCUCAGUGUUCUUAUUUUUUGGCCGAUUUCAGGUUCGAAAUGUUCUUAUUUUGU